CAGCGAGCGCAGUCCGUCGCCUUCAGUUACACUCCCGAGCGCCAGCAGAAUUUCCCUUCACGAAACUCCUCAGCAAACGGCAUAUAAUCAGCAAUGGGUCACAGCCACGGUUACCGAUCGGGAACGCGCUAUGCGUUCGCCCGCGACUACAAGAAGAAGGGAAUCAUUCCCAUGAACAUCUACCUUCGCACUUACAAGGUUGGUGACAUUGUCGACAUCAAGGCCAACGGUGCUGUCCAGAAGGGUAUGCCCCACAAGUACUACCACGGCAAGACCGGUAUCGUCUACAACGUGACCAAGUCCUCCGUCGGUGUCAUCAUCUACAAGAUCGUCGGCAACCGCUACCUCGAGAAGCGUGUCAACCUCCGCAUCGAGCACGUCAAGCACUCCAAGUGCCGUGAGAACUUCGUCAAGCGUGUCAAGGAGAACGCUGAGCGGAAACGGGAGGCCAAGACGAAGGGAGAGCCCGUCUUCCUCAAGAGACAGCCCGUCCAGCCCAGAGGUGCCCACACCGUCUCCACUGCUGGCAACGAGCCCGUCACUCUUGCUCCUAUCGCCUACGAGACUUACAUUUAAAUUCGUGUAUAUUUUCUUUGUGUAUCUUGUUCUAUUAGCAAAUCGGUGUGUACGGAAAAUAUAAACAAAAGUUUCAUAUAAUCAAU